AUGGCUUUCUUGCAGAGGAUGUACAAGAGCAGGCGCAAUGCCGCCGCCGUGACCGCGAGCGCCUCCUUCCUGCUGCUCCUGCUCGUCGUCAUAUGCCUUUCCCUGCGCACGCAGCACGGCGGGACCUUCUUCUUCGGCUCGGGCGCCGGAGGGCGGGAGCCGGGGAGCUGCGAGGCGGAGCUGCAGGCGCUGGAGGGCCGCGCCGCGCGGUGCCGGUACCUCCGCUCGUCGUCCCACCCGCCGUGCGCGCCGACCGGGUACGUCGACUACCUCGCGCUCUUCUACUGCGCGUGCGGGGAGGACGAGGAGGGGCUCUGGUGGUGGUCGCCGUGGCUGGGCGGCGCGGCGAUCGCGCUCUGGCUGCUCCUUCUCUUCUACCUCCUCGGCGACACCGCCUCCGAGUACUUCUGCGCCUCGCUGGAGGGCCUCUCUGCCGCGCUCCGCCUGCCGCCCGCCGUGGCCGGGGUCACGCUGCUCUCGCUCGGCAACGGCGCGCCCGACGUGCUCUCCAGCGUCGUGGCGUUCGCGUCCGACGGCGGGGAGGCGGGGGACGUGGGGCUCAGCGGCGCGCUCGGCGGCGCGCUGUUCGUGUCCACCGUCGUCGCCGGCGUGGUCGCCAUCGUCGCCGCUCGCCGCGGUGGCGCCGUCAUUGAGCGGAGCGGGUUCGUGCGCGACGUGUGCUUUCUUCUCGUCGCGCUCUGCUACCUCCUCGCCGUGCUGGUCGCCGGCACGGUCACGGUGUGGGCGGCCGCGUGCUUCCUCUCCCUCUACGCCGCCUACGUCCUCCUCGUCUCGACGUCGCACUGCUGCUCCGCCGCCGCCGACGACGACAGCACAAAGACAAUGAAGCCUUCCGAUGACCUCGCCGCCCCGCUCCUCCUCCCGGUCACCGUAUCCUCCAAGCAGCCACCAAGGACCUUCGCCAGCGGCCUCUUGGCCGCAGUCCACGCGCCGCUCUACCUCCCGCGCCGCCUCACCAUCCCGGACAUCGACGGGCACCGCUGGUCCAGGCCGUAUGCCAUCACGUCAGCGCUCCUCGGCCCUCUCCUCCUCGCCGUAGUCACCUCCCCGACCAGCCCGACCGCGCUCCUCGCCGGCACCCUCACCGGCACGCUCCUCGCCAUCGCCGCGGCCGCGACCACGGACGCCGCGGCACCACCACACGGCCGGUACGCCCGCCUCGUGUGGCUCAGCGGCGGGUUCCUCAUGUCCAUCCUCUGGUCCUACCUCCUGGCCCGGGAGCUCGUGGCCCUCCUCGUGUCCACCGGCAUCAUCGUCGGCGUCCCCGCGAGCGUGCUGGGGGUCACCGUGCUCGCGUGGGGCAACUCCCUCGGCGACAUGGUCGCGGACGUGGCGAUGGCGACGCAGGACGGCGCGGCGGGCGCCCAGACGGCCGUGGCGGGGUGCUACGCCGGGCCGGCGUUCAACACGGUGGUGGGGCUGGGGCUGUCGAUGGCACUGGCGGCGGGGGCGCGGUACCCGGAGCCGUACAGGAUCCCGGUGGAUGCGGCGACGUACGUGACGGUGGCGUUCCUGGUGGGCGGGCUGGCGUGGGCGUUGGUGGUGCUGCCGGCGAGGGGGAUGAGGCUGGACGUCACGCUCGGUGCCGGGCUGCUCGCCGUGUACCUCUGCUUCAUCGCCGUCCGGGUCGCCGACGCCGUCGGCGUCCUCAGCCUAGAUUCUCUCCUACCGAGACAGUGA